AUGGAUGGACGCAACUUUUACCUGCUUGGGAUCGUUGCAGUGACUGGUUUCAUUGAUGCAACUGACGCCCAAGAAGAAAAUGUUGCACUGAAAGGAUUCGCUUCCCAAUCCAGCAAUUUUGACGAUGGCUAUGCGAUCAAAGCCAUCGAUGGAAACCGAGAUGGAAACUACUUCUGCGGUUCCUGCACUCACACUAAAUCCGACCUCAGUCCCUGGUGGAAGCUGGACCUUCAGAAAACUCACAAGGUGUCGUCCAUCACCAUCACCAACCGGCAGGACGCUGUUCCCGAGAGACUGAACGGAGCUGAGAUCCGAAUCGGAGACAAUCCGGCUCACAGCGGCAUUCAGAACCCCAGGUGUGGUGUGAUUUCCUCCAUCGGUAAAAACCCCUCCGUGACCUUCCAGUGUAACGGGAUGAAGGGGAGAAAAAUGUAUCGUCAGAUAUUGUACCUGUUUGGAUUCAUUACAGUGACUGGUUUCACUGAAGCCACUCCCAUAAAAGGAGAAACUGUGGCUCAACUUAAAGGAAUCGUUUCCCAGUCCAGCUAUCCAGAGAACGCGUACAAAGCCAUCGAUGGAAAUCGAGAUGGAAACUACUUCGGUACUACGACCUACGGUUCCUGUACUCACACUGCAACCGAGCAGAACCCCUGGUGGAGGCUGGACCUGCAGGACGAGUACAAAAUAUACUCCAUCACCAUCACCAACCGAGGAGACUGCUGUUCAGAGAGGAUCAACGGAGCCGAGAUACGCAUCGGAAACUCUCUAAUCAAUGAGGGAAACGAUAACCCACGGGUUGCGGUGAUUUCUUCCAUCCCUGCUGGAAAAUACCAAAAGUUUCCUUUUAAAGAUAUAAUGUAUGGACGUUACGUCAACGUCAUCAUACCGGGAAAGAAUCGGAUCCUGACUCUCUGUGAGGUUCAAGUGAUAGGAUCCCGACGUUCAGGAGGAACUGUGGCUGAACUUAAAGGAGUCACUUUCCAAUCCAGUUAUCCGGAGAACGCGUACAAGGCCAUCGAUGGAAAUCGUAAUGGAAACUACUUCAGCAAUGCAAACUAUGGUUCCUGUACUCACACUGCAACCGAGGAGAACCCCUGGUGGAGGCUGGACCUGGAGGGCGAGUACGAAAUAACCUCCAUCACCAUCACCAACCGAGGAGACUGCUGUUCAGAGAGGAUCAACGGAGCCGAGAUACGCAUCGGAAACUCUUUAAUCAACGAGGGAAAUGAUAAUCCACGGGUCGCGGUGGUUUCUUCCAUCCCUGCUGGAAAAGACAAAACCUUUAAUUUCGGAGGAGGAGUCUCUGGGCGUUACGUCAACAUUAUAAUACCUGGAAAAUAUCGGAUCCUGACUCUCUGUGAGGUUCAAGUGUUUGGAUCCAGACGUUCAGAAUCGUUGACACAAAUACCGUCCCAAUUAAAAAACCUGGCUCUCGCUGGAAAAGCCACUCAGUCCUCGUUUGUUGAUCAGCCCUAUAAGAUCUUUCACGGUCAUCCCUACAAGGCCAUCGAUGGAAAAACCACUUCAGAGUACAGCCAGGGGUCCUGCACUCACACUGAGACCCAGGACAACCCCUGGUGGAGGCUGGACCUGCAGGACGAGUACACCGUGACCUCCGUCACCGUCACCAACAGAGGAGACUGCUGUUCAGAGAGACUCAACGGAGCUGAGAUUCACAUCGGAAACUCGCUAUCCAAUGACGGAAACAGUAACCCACGGGUUGGAGUGAUUUCUUCUAUUUCUGCUGGAAAAUCCCAAACCUUCACCUUAAACCAAGGAGUCUCUGGACGUUACGUCAACGUGAUCAUUCCUGGAAAGAAACGGAUCCUGACUCUCUGUGAAGUUGAGGUCUUCGGGUACCAUCCUUCACAAGUGAAAAACCUCGCUCCGCGUGGAAAAGCCACCCAAUCAUCCCUUGCGUUUGACGGCCACCCUUCUAAAGCUAUAGAUAAAAAUAAGGACACAAACUACCACCAGGGUUCCUGCACUCACACUGUAAUCCAGCAGAACCCCUGGUGGAGGGUGGACCUUCUGGACGAGUUCACAAUAACCUCCAUCGUCAUCACCAACCGAGGAGACUGCUGUGCCGGGAGGCUCGAGGGAGCCGAGAUUCACGUCGGAAACUCGUUAAUCAACAACGGAAAUGAUAAUCCACGGGUUGAGGUGAUUAAGUCCAUUCCUGCUGGAAAAUCCCAAACCUUCCACUUAAAAAAAGAGGUCUCGGGGCGUUACGUCAACCUGAUCAUACCUGGGAGUAACCAGAUCCUGACUCUCUGUGAGGUCGAAGUGUUCGGGUACCAUCCUUCACAAGUCAGAAACAUCGCUUUCGGAGGAACAGCCACUCAGUCGUCGUUUGUUGAACAGCUUUACGCAACUCAUGGUGAUCCGUCCAAAGCCAUCGAUGGGAAAACCACUUCAGAGUACAGCCAGGGGUCCUGCACUCACACUGAGACCCAGGACAACCCCUGGUGGAGGCUGGACCUGCUGAAGGAGUACAAUAUAUACUCCAUCUACAUCACCAACAGAGGAGACUGCUGUUCAGAGAGGAUCAACGGAGCCGAGAUACGCGUCGGAAACUCUUUAUCCAACAAUGGAAAUGAUAAUCCACGGGUCGGGGUGAUUUCUUCCAUCCCUGCUGGAAAAAGCAAAAGCUUUCAUUUUAAAGAAGGAGUCUCUGGACGUUACCUCAACGUGAUCAUACCUGGAAAGAAACGAAUCCUGACUCUCUGUGAGGUUCAAGUGUUUGGAUUCCCAUGUUCAGAAGGAAACGCUGCACUGAAAGGAUUCGCUGCCCAAUCCAGCAAUUUUGACGAUGGCUAUGCGAUCAAAGCCAUCGAUGGAAACCGAGAUGGAAACUACUUCUCCGGUUCCUGCACUCACACGAAAUACGACCUCAGUCCCUGGUGGAAGCUGGACCUUCAGAAAACUCACAAGGUGUCGUCCAUCACCAUCACCAACCGGCAGGACGCUGUUCCCGAGAGACUGAACGGAGCUGAGAUCCGAAUCGGAGACAAUCCGGCUCACAACGGCAUCCAGAACCCCAAGUGUGGUGUGAUUUCCUCCAUUGGUAAAAACCCCUCCGUGACCUUCCAGUGUAAGGGGAUGAAGGGGAGGUACGUCACCAUCAUGAUUCCGGGAAGGAAGGAGUAUCUGACGCUGUGUGAGGUGGAGGUGUUUGGAGCUCCAGUGCAGUGAGGAUCCUCCUGAUUUCCCAGUUGCAGGAUCACCGAAUGUCUCUUUUAGAAACCAAGCUAUUGUUUAUGGAGCCAAAUCAGGGACAGAAGUUUUGUCAAUUUGAAAAGAAAAAUUUAAACCGAAAGUUUAAGUAUUAAGCUUGAACUUUGAAAAAUACAAAAAUAUAUUCAAAAUAAAAAAUAAGUGUAUCAUAUGUUUUUUUCAGAUUAUAUAUAAUUUUGAUUCAGUUUGGGAAUUAUUUAUAAACCAUUUUUGUUUUUUUUAUUUUCACUUUCUCGUGUAUUUUGAUAUUUAAUCUUUAAAUUCUAUUGAUUUUUAAGUAAAAUAUGUAAAAUGUAAUAUACAAUAGACUCAGCACUGUAUUGUGAAUAUAAAGGGUGAUAGUUUGCUGACACCCAGCUGUAUCAUAAACAUUGCUGAAAUGCUAUUUAAUUGGUGAAUAUGUAAAUAUAAGAUCUCAAAUAUCAAAAUACACAAUUUAUUAUUUUAUUUUGAAUAUUUUUUGGUGUUUUUCAAAGUUCAAGCUUAAUACCUUUUUUUUUUUUUUUUUUUUUUUUUCAAACUGGCAAAACUUUUGUCCCUGAUUUGGUCCUAGUUGUUCUUAUUCUAGUUCAGUAACUCUUAUUCUGCAUGUUUCAGUCUAUUUGAACAGUUUUCAUGCUGUAAAAACAUUCUUGAGCCCAGCAAAUUUUGCUUAUUAAAAUGAUUGUUUCUGAACUCUGCUUAAUUAAAAGAGCAAGCAAAUCCCAA